UUCACAGGAAUUUGGUACGCAAUCUUGAAAGGCGUUACGAAGAUCUCUGUGGUCGUAAAUGGCUUUGUGAUUGCCUUUGUUUCCGAAUUCGUCCCCAGACUGUAUUACACCCUAGGUGAACACAACGACAGCUUGGAAGGAUUUGUGAACCACACCUUGUCGUGUUUUGCGGUGGAUGAUUUUCCUGAGUCUGAGAGACCUUCUGGAGCUGCUGCUGUUGAGUUCCCCCUAAGAAUUAACAGUUGUGGGUUUAAUUUAUCUACCUGCAGAUUCCGAGGGUAUUAUGAACGACCAAAAAUUACAAUACUCAACACGACCCUUCCAAAUCCGAAUGCUUACAAGUUCUCGACAGCCUAUUGGCAUAUUUUGGCGGCCAAGCUGUUUUUUGUGGUUGCCUUUCUGCACAUCGUGUUCGGUAUGACGGCAAUCUUGGCUUGGAUUAUCCCCGAUGUUCCGAAGGAAGUUGACAAUCAAGUCAAGAGAGAGAACUUUCUUGCCCGCGAAGCCUUACGGUCAGCAGAUCAACAAGAUUCUGUCUCUCCAGUCCCUAGGGAAAAUUCGCGUGGCCAGGAUGAAAUGUUGUGAAAUGUUGUAGAAUGUCGUGUUUUGACAGAAAUUAUCUCGUAGUCAACGACCUGUAACUGAUAUCGGUAUAGGUAGUUAAAUUUGAUAAUACCACCGUCGCAUAUUUUGAAUAAUUUCUUGUUGGAAACGUAAGGCAAAAUUCGAAAAUCUUCACCAAAAGCCAGUGCUUGUCACAAGCUGCGUGUCAUAGCUCGCUGACCCAUACGAUUGAUAGUCUUCAUUUAUAAACUCAGUUUAAUCUUUCGAAUAGCGAAAGGUCAGUACAUGUCUGUUUUAUAUAGAAUAAAGGGUGUACGUUUUACGUUGGUGGGAGAGUAUAGCA